AAUUACCAGUAAUAUUUGAAUAUAAUAAAGAAAAAAAAAUAUAUGUAGUAUUAAUAUUAUUUGCAAAUAAUGUUCCUGCUGUAAGAAAGAUAUGUGAUCAUGUAAAUUAUGUAGUUAAAUGCUAUUAUUGUCCAAAAUGUUCAAAAUAUGACUCUGAUACUAAAAGAAACUAUUAUAAUAGUUUUGAAAAUAUGGAGUUGUUUAUUCCUAUAGAUAUUUCAUAG